AUGGCGCCAAUCAAUAUACGGGAUGAAUUCCUUCGAGGGCCCUCAGAAGAUGCGACAGUUCACCAGAUUGACUUCACGAAAACAUCCCCGCCCAUCACCGCAUUCAAAGACAACUUCGCGGCCGUAAUCGACAAUUUCCUGACCGAGGCCGAGUGCAAAGAGCUCCUCCAAAUUGCAGAGGAAUCCAUCGCUUCUGCAAGAACCAGCACACAUGCAGACUCCUCCGAGUCCCAAUCACCAACUCCGGUCUGGGAACGCGCGAUGAUCAAUGUAGGCGGCGGGAAACAAGUCAUGUCAGUUGACAGCCGCAAAAGCGGACGCAUUAUUCUCGACUCCGUUGAUAUUUCGCAGCGGAUCAUGGACCGCUUGCUUCCAUUUCUGCGCGAUUUCGGUAUCGCGCGAGUGCAGAAUCAGCCAUUGGUUACUGGACUUGGUCCCGCCCGAAGAGGCGACGUAUAUCUACAGCCACGACUUAAUGAGCGCUUACGAUUUCUGCGCUACGAGGGAGGUGAUUAUUUCCGACCUCAUUGGGAUGGAUGCUAUGUUACGCCCGACGAGUCGGAGAGGUCAUUGUUUACGGUCCAACUAUAUUUGAGUGGAGAAGGUGAGCAGGACAUGGAAGUGUUGCAGCCAUAUUUGGAACUUGCCGAGAAGGAAAAUGCUCUUAUUAUAGGUGUUGAUCCAGACGAAGAGCAGUUGAGGAAAGUACCAGCUCAAAAGGAGAGACUUUCUCGUGAGGCGGCGGGUGGUGGACCAGAGACUCUCCUAGGUGGUGCCACUUCUUUUAUGAAUGGUUUCAAAGUGAAGGAUUCUGUGCGUGUGUUUCCUAAGACGGGGCGUAUGCUCAUCUUUCAGCAGAGGAAUCUGAUGCACGGUGGGGACGAUGUCUUCCGUGGCGUCAAGUACACGAUUCGGUCGGAUGUGAUGUACUCAAAGUUGGAGAAAUAA